GCUCACUUUACUGCCAUGUCUGCCUUCGCACUGGUCAGAUGUGGUCUUGCGUAACGAAUGUUUCGAUUACUGUUCAAGUAGAUCUUUCUCUGUGCUAAAAAAUCGCUCUGCCAGAUCCCUAUAACAGAUAGAUGGUCAACAAUGACCUUGUCUGUAGUCUGAUAUCCGAAGCAGUCUAGCGAAAGAAUCCUUUCAAACGAAUCAAGACAUGAGAUACCAUAUCUGGAAACGGUUAUGAUUUCAAGACACAGCACAUAUUCUUCGACACCAGUCAGCCCACAUCACCACAUGAUUUAUCCAACUCACCACCUACUCUUCCAUCCAGAUGCUCCUCACACGCCCUUGACCCUCCCCCUCCCCAUCUGCCCCAACCCAAUACUCUCCCUCCCAUACCCGGCACCCACAUUCGCCCUCUCCCCACCGAACCCGUAUCCCCCACCAUGCAUCCCCCCGCUCCUAUCAUGCUGCAGUGCACUGCCGUACACGAACUGCGAGUCCACGGUGCGCGUUUUCCACGGCUUGCCCUUGUACUUUUGCGCGAAGAAUUUGGCGAGCAGCACGCCGAUUACAGCCCAGAAGAUGGCGAGGGCGAGCAUGAGGGGGACGAAGAGGGCCAUUUUGGUUGGUGGUUUGGGGUUGAAUUGGGUGGCGGUUGGGUGGAUGGGAUCUCCAAUCGUCUGUGUGGUGGUGCAGCGCGGGUGCAAGAUGAGUAUAGGUGUUUUAUGAGUAGUUUUAUGAGUCAAAAAGGAGAGAGAAAGAGAGGCUGGAGGUCGUCGAAGAUGCGGAGCAGCGGAGGUGGUCGACUAGCGCCGUCUGGGGACGUCCCGAGGUUUGGCGCUG